AUGACCACGGAGGUGACCAAAUUGGCCCAGGAACCACUGGUGAGUCCAAAGGCUGAGCUGAAGCCCGUGAAGAAGCCUGAGGACAAGCCAAGGAGCCAAGUGGAUGACGGGCCACAGAAAGAACUGGUGACCCCAGGCACUGUGGAUUUUGAGCCGAUCCAAGAGCCACCGAAGCCCCCUAAGACCCAGUCCCCCGGCGCCUAUCGCUUUGGCCGUCUCAGCCACCACUCCUUCUUCUCCCGACACCACCCCCACCCCCAGCGCGUGACCCACAUCCAAGAUCUCACCGGGAAGCCCAUCUGUGUCGUCAGGGACAAGUUCUCUCUGGCCUCCUUCCCUCACUAUCUGAUGGAGAUGCCCCACAUCUCUGUCCCCAUUGGCGACCCACAGUCCAAUCAGGAACCCCAGCUUUCAUCUGGAGAGGCCUGGAAGAAGGAGUUGAAGGAGCUGGCCUCCCGGGUGGCCAUCUUCACCAAGGAGAACGAACUGAAGGACAAGGAGCCCCAGCAGGAGGAGGAGCCCCAGCGGGAGCAGGGAGCCAAGUACUCGGCUGAGACGGGGAGGCUCCUCCCCACCUCCACCAGAGCCCUGGGCCGCCACUCCUCCCGCCUCGGCCAAAGGAACUAUGCUUCGGGGAAAGAUAAAGGAGUUCAGACCUUGAUCCUGCAGGAUCAGGAGCUGCUGGUCUUGGAGCUCCUGUGUCAGAUCUUACAGACAGACUCCUUGAGUUCUAUCCAGUUCUGGCUACUCUAUGCCCCACCAAAAGAGAAAGACCUGGCACUGGGGCUCCUGCAGACGGCUGUGGCUCAGCUCCUACCCCAGCCACUACUUUCUAUACCAGCAGAAAAGCUGCUCGACCAGCUCCAAGAAGUACAAGAAUUACAAGAAAAGCAGCCAGCACCCUCCAGUCAAUCCCCGAAGAAGAUGAUUUCACCAUCGGUACCAAAAAGCGAGAAGCCAGAAUAUAUUGGGAAGGCACAAGUUCUUCGAAUGCAUUCAAGCCAGAACACAGAGGAGAAGACCAAAGCAGAGAGCUGAAGACUUUUAAGCAAAUGGCCCACUUAUCUACGAUGAUGAGUUGGAUUUCAGGGUUAGCCAGGUCUCGACCAAAGCAGUACCACAUCGCCUAUCACAUAGAGCCUAUUAAAAUACAGCCUCCUCCUUAAGAGGCCAGUUUCACCUUCCUGCCAGUAGAUAUGUGCUUGGGGUCAUUUAUUCCAAGAGCAGGG